AUGUCUGAUACAUUGUCUAUACCGGACUCACAAUCGGAUGACGAAAAUUCACCUUUAACACGUAAUCUAAUAUUACAUUUGGAAACCCAGGAGAAGCGGAAAAGGAUAUGGAAGCGACAAGAACAUAUAUUGAAGGAGUUGGCACCAUUGACCGAUGAUUUUCUUGUUUUACCCACUACGAGAUCACGUCGUCAUGCAUUUGCACAACGCCAUAUUUACACUGCGGACCUCGCAGAAUAUCUUCAUCUUGCAUCCAGAAAUCAGUUAAAUAAGCUUUCAAAAAGUGGGUUUACUGAUGAUGAGAUACUUCAUAUGCUUGAGCGGAAGUACAAAAAGAUACGAAAAUUAUACAAACGAAUUGGGGUGAAGUUGUUUAGGUUUAAGAAAAAAAGCUUCUCCAUGUACGUUAAGGACUUCAGAAAUUAUCAAACAUCAAGGGGUGGUCGUACGUAUUACGAACUAGCAGAACCAACUCCAAAGAACAAGAACGAUUUGAAACAACUUCGAGUAUUAUACGAGCGAGAUUUGAGCGAUGUUUCCAGUACGGAUGAUGAUACUACAGAUGAUGAGCAGGUACAAGCUGAUCAAAACACAGAUCUGGAAGUAAAUAUGGAUGAACAUUCUGAUGACACAGACAGUGAGAUUGUCGUUGAUAAGAAUCCGAAAGAGGGUGCUGAUAAUACAGAUGAACGCCAUAUUAUAAUAAAUGCGAUUUCACCACCAAACUUGGAAAUUGAAACUGGACAUGAGAUUUCAAAGGAUACAACCGAAGAUAAACGUUUGGAACCAAUAGAUGGUGUAGUUGAUUGUUUAUCACCUAAUGUUGCCGAUGGUUUAUCACAUAAUGAUGGUGAUGGUUUGUCACCUAAUGUCGAUAAUGAUUCUUUACACCUUUCAAGUUCUGUGGAGCCAUCUCAGUAUACUGUUGACGAAGGUGAUUCUCAAAAUGGGUCUAGGUCCAUUCAGAUUGCAAAUUAUUCUAACAUCUCUCAAAGUAACCAGGCUGACAUGAAUGAUGAUGUUGAAAUGCUUAUUGAUGGUGAUUCAGUCGGUGCAUCUGCUGAAAAUAAUGCAGAUGAGCAUCAAGUGAACAAAUCCGACCUUGCAAUUCAGGAAAAUUAUAAUGAUGGAAUUGCGUCAAGGAUGAGACGUCAUAAAUUUUCACAGGAUCAUGUCUAUGUGGCUGAUACUAGUGUACAUUUGGGCCUUUGCACACUGUACACUUUAAAUGAAUUGUAUGACUCUGGAAAGUCAUAUGGCGAUAUAAUGUUGUUCUUGGAGAAGAAAUAUAAGCAGAAGAGGGACUCUUUACUAGACAAAGGUAUAUUAUUGGGCCCAUUUUCUAAGCGAACAUAUAAAGCGUACUUAGAUGAGGAAAAUCGACGUUUAGGUGGAUUUGAUAAGCAUUAUGCCGAAAAGCAGGCAGAAAAUGAAGACACUAUGAAUGGAUUUCUAGAUCUGGAUGAUACAGAAACAUCGGAUGAAGAAUAUUUACAACCCGAUAGUAUAAGGUCAAUCAACAAAAAGUUGAUGGCUGACUCAAAGGAGGAUACACUUGGAACAGGUUAUAAUUCGGAAUCAUCUGACGGGAGUAGUGUCUAUGAGAUUCGUAGUGAUAGUGAGUUGGCAUCUUCUAUAUCCAUGGAAUCUGCCGAAAAUUCAAUAGAGGGAGAAAAUUUUGUCUUCAGGAAUAGGAUUCUUAAUAGAAGAACCGCUUUAAGAGGCGUUCUUCCGGCCUCUUUUUACAAAGUGAGUAAUCAUAAGCAUUCCGGAAGAGCUAACAAUAGCUACAAAAGCGGACCUCAAUUAGAUGAAGAAAGCAUGUUUCCUCGAAAAGGUAUUGCGAGGAAGAUCAGCGGACCAUACAAAUCCAAUCCCGUCCGUAACCAGAUUGCUGACGACUUCCUUGCACCAGCUGGAUCCGAAGGUCCUGCUGAUGACGAUCCAGCAGAGUAUCAUCGAAUAGAUCUUGAUUUACAGAAAAGCCCCAGUCCCACUCCUGACGAUAUAUUUGAAAUACCUGUUUCUGAGAGUGAUAAUCCGAAUGAACCACACCCAUACAUGGCUUUUAAUGGCAACGAAACUAAUGAUGAUGAUGCAGUAGGAAUUGAUGAUUACGAUAACUUUGUUCGCAAAAUGAAGGAUGAUAUGGAUAUGGAUGCAAGUGCAGAAGAAGAUGAUCAUGCUGGUAUUAACUACAUGCUUAGCCGUGCUCCUCGUUCUAAGCGUCCAAGAACUUAUGCCUCUAGAAGAAGUAAGCGUGCCAAGCAUUAUUCAGCAUUAUACUCUGGUGGCCCGACUGUCAGAGAUCAUAAAGGAAAUCAGACGCAUUUUAGUCAUCACUUAAAAUUGCACAAGCAUCCUUUAGAGCCACGAAAUCUUCAAGGUGAAAGUAUUUCUCAUUUUAGACCAGUUAAAAUUUGCCGCAGGAUCGGCAGGAGAACAGACCACAUAUCUGGUGGUCAUAGACCACGGAAUUCAUUCAAUCCACAACAUACUCGUCAUUAUAGAAAUCAUAACCCUAAGUUAUUGACAAAAGUUGCAACUACGAAUAAUUAUGACAGAGGUCACACAAAGGAUGAAGAUAAGCAAAAAAGGUUUUACUUUGGUCGAAAAAAGGUGGUUGGAACUCCACAAAUCGAAGAGUCACAAACAUUUCCAGAAGAGAAUACAGACUUUUCAAAUGAAGCUGAUAAAGCCGGAAUUAAAAGGGGUAGGGAGUCUAACGAUAUUGAAAUCAUAGCUGAAACAAAAAAUCAUAUUCCUUUAUCUUUGGCGGGUACAAAGAUUCAGAUUUCAGAUAUUGGGCCAGAAUUGUUUUCAUCGCUUCACUUAAGCCCGAAGUCGGUUGUCUACUCGGGUCUUAUUCAAGAGAGUCUCAAAUUAGAUGGUCUUUAUCAUAAAAAUGGAAGUAUAUCCUUUGAAUUUGGAACAGUUCAAUUUAACUUAUCCACAUUUGAUGUUACCGGUGAGCUCAAAUCAUCUCUUAAAAUUUUGCUUGAUUCCAUGAGAUCAUCAUUGAACUUUCCUAAAAGCACAGGCCCAGAAACUUUAAAUCAGAUGAGGAAAUGCUUGAUUCAAAUUAUUCAACUACUGUGGAACUUGAAUAAAAAUGAUCCCCGAGGUGUUCAUGAAGUUGGUGAAUUAUUACUUACAUUUUGUCGUUCCUGCAUAGUUUCAACGUCGAACAAAAAGAUUAAUUUGAUUGCAUUACCAUACCAGAUUGUAUACAUGCAAUUGUUACAAAACUUUACGCUGGAAAAGAAGUCUUCUGAUUUUAAGAAUUAUGCUGAAGAAUUUCGUCAUUCACAGGACCAGUACAUAACUGUUUUCUGUAAAUUACCUCUCAGAAAGAUCAUCCGAUACUUCCAAACAAAAUCAGGCGUGGGUUCUUUAAUAUAUGAGUCUGCUUGUCUAAUGAUGCUUUUUGCGGUUAACCCAUGGAGUCGUGUUGCAGGUUUGUCAACAAAAUUCGACUUUGCGCUCGAUGGUGUUCUCGGAUUCUUAUAUUUCUGUCACUCGAGAAUUCCAGUAACAACAGAUUGGACUUAUUUUCUGCUUGAAUUAGACAAACUUAAAGACUGCAAGAAUUCGUCUCGAUGGAAAAUUAUAUUUCAGCUGGUACAAAAAGUUCAUUACGAUCUUUCUUGGAACCUUGAAGAGGCUGUACUCCUUAAAAUGUAUAGAUUAUUGACUUACGUGAAGUUUGAGAAUAUGGGGUCAAACAGGUCAACUAUACUAUGGUAUUCAGCUUUGCCAGUUACAACUCAGUUUAUGGACAGAGAUGGUUGUUUGGAUAUGUACCUCAAACUGUUGGUUUAUUUUGUAAAUGACCCUGCUAACUCUGUCCAGAAAUCUACGUUGGUCGAAAAGCUUGUGCCCAUUGCUUCUAUAAAGACCAGCACUGUUGCUUUGCUUAGAAAUAGAGCAAACUUAAUGCUUGUGAUGUCGUAUCUUUUCAGAGCAGAUUUCAUUGGUCACUUUAGGGUUAUACUUAAGGCAUUGUUGGAGUACAGAACUUCUGAGAGUUAUAAGUCUUCACUUGACCUGUUACUUGUUGUUUUGAGGUGCUAUUUUCAUCUCUUUCAUCGAAUUUCAUUUGAUAUCGUACAAAUGGUUAUGCCGGAGGUUGUCGCGGCAAUAAAUAACAAUGAGUUAAGUGUUACUCUCGUUUCCGAUAGUUUGCGAAAUAUUGUUGAUUGCUUCGAUAAUCAAUUGGGUGAAUGCAUAGAUGAUGGUGAGAAAUUGACACUUUGUAUGGAACUUGCUUGCAUUUUCUUGAAAUUGAAAAAGGUUGAUUUUCACACAAGAGCCGCAUAUGUUCCCCUUUUAAUGCUUAAAAUAUUGAAGAGGAUUAUGGAGGCUACGGAUGCCGAGAUUUUGAAGUCAGUUCAGACAAAAUUGAAAAAUGAAAUGAUCCCAUUGCUUAAGAAUAUUAUAUCAGCCGAUGAUAUCUUUAAUGAUACUUUGAAAGUGAAGUGUCUCAACCUGUGGGUAUAUUUGUCGUCGAGACUUAAUGUUACUGCUGGGUCUUUAGCCUACAUUGAGUGGCAAUAUUUUUCUAACGAGUCCGCCCGUAACAAGUUUGAGUUACCGUUCUAUGCUGCUAUGUUGAAGUUUUAUAGGCCGGUCGAUCUCAGGUAUUUACAUGAGAACUUUUUUGUCGUCUUGAUGAAAAAUCUACCGUUAGAAUUGAAUUCGUAUUUCGUUGAGUUCUUCACAUUGCUGGCAGCGCAAGAUUUCAUGCAAAAAUAUGUGAAAUUCAGAAGCGGAUUGGAUCCAUCUAAAUUCACUGAAGCAGAUCUAAAACUAUAUCAUCAACAGCUUUCUGUGAAGAUUCUUUCAUGUUUAGUGAAAGGAAUAAAGGAGUCUGAAAUGGAUAAAAAAAGGCAUAAGCUAUACAUUGUCGAAUUUGUCAAGGCAAUGGAAAAGGAGUAUGUGCGUCUUAAAAAUGGAAAGUUGCGCAUGGAGGGAUAUACAAAAUACGCAACUCGGUUGGCAAGAUAUUUGUGUACCGUUCUUGGCAAUAUUGUUGAAAGUGUUCCAGAAUUUGUACUUCUAAAAGGGCAGCUUUGCAUCACAACUAUCUUGUCUUCCCUAAGUGAUGAACUUGAGUCGAUGUCCAGUUCAAAUGAAGUGUAUUUUUUACUUCUCAGCAAGUAUUUUGCGGCAUUGAAGGAUAACACUUGGGAAGAUUUCAGAAAGGAACUUGUGGGCUAUUGUCUUGACAAAGGUGGCUUUGUAGAUGAUGACCAGAGACUUUCGUCAAUAGUUCCAUUAUCAAUGAUUAUAUCAGCACAUAUAUCAUUAGUUUUGCGUGAUAGAAACUAUUGGUUUCAUUUCAGCAAUUGGGUUACAGUAUUUACUGAUGUUAUUUGCGGUCUAAUUGUGUAUACUUCGGAUGAUCUUGUCUAUAUCAUUAAGUCUCUUACGUUAAUGACGAGGCUCGCCGGUACAUCGAGGUUUCCCCUUAUUUAUUACGAAAACCAAGCCGUCAUUAAUGUUUACAAGAUUCUCGAAAGGUUGAAUAUUUAUCUUCUUGGAUCAGGUGACAGAAUUGAUUUUAUUCACUCUCUGGAUACAUUGAGGGGAUUGGAUAGCACGGUCUCUCUUAACAUUAGCAGAGAUCUUUUCUUAAGCUUUUCGAGCACCAAUUUGAACAAGCAAGUUCAGUUAAUAUAUAAACGGAAUAAGGAGUUGAUGGAUACAGACACAUUUCCACCUGUCAGUGAAAGCAUGCUAAAUGAGAGCAAUCAUAAAUUAUCUGAGAUAAGAAAUAAAGUUAUGGGUCAGAUCUUAUCGGAUCAGAAUGACUCAAAUAUGCAUCAAUGCUUCAACGGAUUUGAGAAUAUUUCUUUCUUUAUAUAA